GAUAUUGCCGUUAUUUUUUUACAGUGUGGACUUCGUCGUCUUCACUUCGUAUACUGUUGGAAACGAAUCGGCAUCUACAUCAACCUCGGCUAUGCUCGCGCCAUUCCAUCUCGCUCACGCCACCUUCUGGCCCCGCGUCUCAAAGACACUGCUCUCUUUUGCCGGCCACGCAGCUCUGCAACAGAGAAGGUGCGCGAUGACAGGGAGGAGUUCGUGGAACGUUCCGCCGUCCCUGUACGCCAUCACCGCCAACAACCCGACCCACGGCUUCGUCGAGAGAGCGGACCUGAUCCCCAAUGCCAAGAAAGGGGUCAUCCCCCUCUCGAUCGGCGACCCCACCGUGUUCGGCAACUUGUUGCCGUGCGAGGAAAUUCUGGCACCCGUCGUGCCCAGCCUCCGGAACCCGAAGAACUACGGCUACAUACCCAGCACAGGAGUAACAGCAGCCAAGGAAGCCGUUGCUGAAUAUUCGUCGAACGGUGGAGUCAAGGUGAAACCACAGGACGUCAUUUUGACCUGCGGCUGCGCACAGGCGCUGGACAUGUGCAUCACUGUCCUCGCAAACCGCGGUCAGAACAUCCUGAUCCCAAGGCCGGGUUUCUGCAUCUACAAGACGCACGCAGAGUUCCUUAGCAUCACGGUCAAGUAUUACAACUUGCUGCCUGAAAGGAGCUGGGAGGUGGACCUGGCACACCUCGAGUCCCAGAUCGACCCGAACACAGCGGCCAUUGUGGUGAACAACCCGAGCAAUCCGUGCGGCAGCGUCUUCGGUAAGCAACACCUGAAGGACAUCCUGGCGGUGGCCGCGAAGCACUACCUGCCCAUCAUCUCCGACGAGAUAAACGAAUACAUCGUUUUUGAGGGCCAGGAGUAUUUCCCGAUGGCGGCCCUGAGUGAAGACGUCCCCAUUCUGGCCUGCAGCGCCCUCACAAAGAGGUUUUUGGUUCCCGGCUGGCGAACAGGCUGGAUUAUCAUCCACGACAGACACGACGUAUUCGCGCGCGGGGUGAAGAAAGGACUGCAGAAUUUGAGCCAGAAAUUGAUGGGAGGCAGUUCUUUGGUUCAGGGAGCGCUGCCUUCCAUACUGAAGAACACACCCAAGAAAUUCUUCGACCGCACAAUUUCCGUAGUGCAGAAGAACGCUGAGGUUGCGUACAAGGUACUGUCGACGAUUCCAGGCUUGCGACCAGUGAUGCCACAAGGGGCCAUGUACCUUCUGGUCGGCCUUGAUGUGAACAGGUUCCCCAAGUUCGCCAGCGACACUGAAUUCGUCCUGGCACUCUUCGCAGAAGAAUCCGUUCUCUGCCUGCCAGGACAGUGUUUCGACUACCCCAACUACUUCCGCAUUAUGCUGACAGUGCCAGAGGAAAUGCUGGUCGAGGCCCUCGACCGAAUAGUAGCCUUCUGCAAGACUCACUACACUCGCUAGAACCGGCUAGCGCAACGUCAAAUUCAGCCUCCCGAUCUCAUCGUAGGUGGCGCUACAGUCGCCAGGGAGGCUGGAGCACGACGUACCCGCCAUAAGUGCGUGGGUGCAGAAGUAGUUGCGACGGCAGCAGACGGCAGAAUGUGCUGCGAAGCAUCGGUUUGCAUCGGCAAGAAGAAUGUUAGCAUUUAUCCAGGCGACAUUGCGGCCGCGUCCACGAAAUUUUCACGAGGCCCAUCUAAGGAAGAAAAGGGAGCAGUGCCGUUUAUUUUAAACAAGCACAACGUUCUUUAGGGGUAAUAAAUUUUAC